CUGGCUCAGGUGGCUGCCGGCAGCCCGCGCGAGGGAGGCGGGGAAGGAGGAGGAAGAAGCAGCAGCCGCAGCAGCAGCAGCAGCAGCCGGGGCCAUGUCGGCCUCCGCCGUCUUCAUCCUUGACCUGAAAGGCAAGCCUCUGAUCAGCCGCAAUUACAAAGGCGACGUGAGCAUGACGGAGAUCGAUCAUUUCAUGCCACUGCUGAUGCAGAAGGAAGAGGAGUGCGCCUUGACGCCCCUCCUGUCCCGCGGGAAGGUCCAUUUCCUCUGGAUCAAACACAGCAACCUCUACUUGGUGGCCACCACCACGAAGAAUGCCAACGCUUCCCUGGUGUACUCUUUUCUCUACAAAGCAGUCGAGGUCUUCACCGAAUACUUCAAAGAGCUGGAGGAGGAGAGCAUUCGUGACAAUUUUGUCAUUGUGUAUGAACUGCUGGACGAGCUGAUGGAUUUUGGGUUUCCCCAGACAACCGACAGUAAAAUACUGCAGGAGUACAUCACUCAGCAGGGCAACAAGCUGGAGACUGCCAAAUCCCAUGUCCCAUCCACUGUCACCAAUGCAGUUUCCUGGAGGUCAGAGGGCCUCAAAUACAAGAAGAACGAGGUCUUCAUUGAUGUGAUCGAAUCGGUCAACCUACUGGUGAAUGCCAAUGGAAGUGUCCUGCUGAGCGAGAUCAUGGGCUCCAUCAAGCUGAAGGUGUUCCUCUCGGGCAUGCCAGAACUGCGCUUGGGCCUCAACGACCGGGUGCUCUUUGAACUCACAGGACGUGGAAAAAAUAAAUCUGUGGAGCUGGAGGAUGUCAAGUUCCACCAGUGUGUGCGGUUGUCGCGUUUUGACAAUGAUCGCACCAUCUCCUUCAUCCCGCCCGAUGGAGAUUUCGAGCUCAUGUCCUAUCGACUGAACACACAGGUGAAGCCCCUAAUCUGGAUUGAGUCAGUCAUCGAGAAGUUCUCUCACAGUCGAGUAGAGAUUAUGGUUAAGGCGAAGGGCCAGUUCAAGAAGCAGUCGGUGGCUAACGGUGUUGAGAUCGCGGUGCCGGUCCCAAGCGAUGCUGAUUCUCCCAAGUUCAAAACCAGCAUUGGCAGUGCGAAAUAUAUGCCUGAGAAGAACGUUGUCAUCUGGAACAUUAAGUCCUUUCCGGGUGGCAAGGAAUACUUGAUGCGGGCUCACUUUGGCCUUCCCAGUGUGGAAAACGAGGAGCUGGAGGGCCGACCACCCAUCUCAGUCCGGUUUGAGAUCCCCUACUUCACAGUCUCUGGGAUUCAGGUGCGGUACAUGAAGAUCAUAGAGAAGAGUGGGUAUCAGGCUCUCCCAUGGGUCCGCUACAUCACCCAGAGCGGAGAUUAUCAACUCCGGACACAUUAGCCUUGUCACCUUGCGGUCUUGGAACACCUGAAAAAUGGAUGCCUUAGAGAACAUUUUAAUCCACAGAUGCCUUCUACAAAACACACUCUGUGUGUCCUUCCAAAAAUGUCAUUCUUUUCUUGGCCUACCUGCAGUUUAAUUAGGUAGCAGUUUUUGGACUACUCUGUGCAGUGCCUGAAAGGAAAACGAGAGCCCUGUUCUUGUUGGUUGGGUUAUUUUUAUGCCACUUCCCUGCCUGAACUGGAAUUGCUUCUGGUGGAAUGUCAUCAUAUCCUUCCGUACCAAAGUUCCCUGGUGGCCAGCUUCCUGGAACAUUCCUGGAGGUUAGCACAGAAUGAGAACUCCCUCAACAAGAUGCGGCCCCUUUCGGUCUGGUCUGGCAGAGUUGUGCCUUCCAAUGAAGGUGGUGAAACUAGAACCACUAUUCCCCACGAUUGCAUGGAUCCCUCUUCUGAUGCAGGUCAAAGGAGUGAUGGGAGUGGCAUGAAGAACUCUGCCUAGAAGUCUGUAUUCGACUAUCAGUUCAGGGCCUGGAUUCUUUGAAGCGUUAGACCUUGUUUUCUCCACUUCAGUUCCUUGUCUAUAAAGUGAGUAGAAAGACUGUCUACUUAUGGGGUCAUUGUGAAGAUGAGUGAGACAGCUUACUGCCUUUUCCUUCUCCUGAGAUCAUGAUAAAUUAUAAACGCAAGUGAAAUCAAUAAAUUGUAAUAGGGU